GUUUUAUAACAUUUUAUCCAUGGAAUAUAACCGCCAUAAAAGUCCUGUAUAAAGUAAUCAAAGACGUGAUAAAACUUAAAAAGACAUUUCCUCACAACAUUCAUCGUCUUUCUCUUGAAAAUCAAGCUACCGGUUGACCCAGCCGCCGUGAACUCUUAAUCUCCCUCAGAUGUGUUUUCACAUCCAGCAACAAAAUGUGUAUAUCAGUCUUACUAUGGCAAGCUCAUCCACUCUACCCGCUUCUUCUAUUAGCCAAUCGAGAUGAAUAUCUUGACCGAGAGACGGAGCCGUUAAAGUGGUGGCAAGGAGGGAAGAUGUUGGGUGGCAGAGAUGUGACCGCUGGAGGAACGUGGUUAGCGUCUAGCCGAGAAGGAAGAGUGGCUUUGGUCACCAAUGUUCGGGAGGUUAAGUCGAUAUCAGCUGCCAAGAGUAGGGGCCAUCUCCCGGUUCGGUUUUUGCAGAGCAACAAAAGCCCGAUGGAGUUUGCAGAAGAAGUUGGGAAUGAAGCAGAUGAAUACAACGGGUUUAAUUUACUAGUUGCUGAUAUUUUGUCCAAGAAUAUGGUUUAUGUAACCAAUAGACUGAAAGGAGACAGCAACUACAUGGCUACAGUUUCACCUGGUGUCCAUGUGCUAUCAAAUGCAAGUCUUGACACUCCUUGGCCUAAGGCUCAAAGAUUGGAGCGUGCUUUUAAAGAUCUUUUGGAUGAAUACGGUGUAGGUGAAAUUCCCAUUAUUGACAUGGUUGAUAAGCUGAUGGGAAACACUGUAAAAGAUGACAUCAGCAUGCUUCCUGGUAUCCGCUCUCCAGAGGUUGAAUACGAGUUGAGUUCUGUAUUUGUUAACACAGUACACGCAGAGAGACCUUAUGGUACAAGAAGCAUGUCUGCAUUGGCUGUGAAAGUAAGUGGUGAAGUGUUCUUCUAUGAAAAACAUCUGGAAAAUGAUUUGUGGAAAGAGCAGACUCAAACUUAUACGAUUGAGAAAAAUGACAAGUGUGAAUUAGUACAAUGUAUACAUUUUACUGUCAGUUGCUUCAUCUUGAAUUAUAUGAAUAAUGAUGUAUAGCUUCCUUGAAUAAUCUCUGCUAUUCAUAAUGUAGAGUUAAGUUCCCGUGAAAA